AUGGUGUUUUACACACACAACUCAGCGUCAGAAGUCACUGUAAUCCAGAGUGCAAUAGCCGGCGGAAUAUCAGGUGCAGUAACGAGGGCUAUCGCACAACCAUUAGAUGUUCUCAAAAUACGGUUUCAGCUGCAGUUUGAGCCUAUAUCGAACGGCUCCAAAUACAGCUCGUUACUACAAGCAGUGACGUCCAUUGUCAAAGAGGAAGGAAUAUCAGCGUUAUGGAGCGGACAUAUUCCUGCGCAAAUGUUAUCCAUCUCGUUCGGUGUUGUGCAGUUUUCAGUGUACGAGCGUCUUACGCAAAUUUGCCAACGGACAGACCCACAGUUUUACUUAUCACAUAAACACUGGUUGAAUUUCUCAAAUGGAUCUGUCGCUGCUACCUCAGCCACUAUCUUAUCAUAUCCUUUUGAUACUGUAAGAACUAGACUAAUAGCUGAACAUAAAACUAAUAAGGCAUACAAAGGAUUCAAUGAUGCACUUAAAUCUAUGAUUAGACAUGAAGGUGUUACAUCACUGUUCAAAGGUUUAAUGCCAACAAUUGCUCAAAUAGCACCAUAUGCUGGUAUACAGUUUUUUGUGUAUAAGUUAUUUACAGACACUAUUUUCAAUAGAAUAAGUUUCUUUCAAAGGAACACAACUAUAGGGAGUACUAUUGAAACAUCUAUUAUAGCUAAUGUAAUUGCAGGUAGCAUGGCUGGGCUGAUUUCAAAAACAAUUGUAUAUCCGUUUGAUGUUAUUAAGAAACGGCUUCAAAUACAGGGAUUUCAACAGCAUAGGAAGGCAUUUGGUCGUCAAAUGUAUUGUAAUGGAUCUCUACAGUGUAUCAUGUUAACUAUUAAUGAAGAGGGAUUUUUAGCUUUGUACAAAGGCUAUGGCCCAAGUUUGUUGAAAGCUGUUAUUGUUACAGCUUUGCACUUUACAGUUUAUGAUGAAUUAAAAUACUUCAUAUUAAGAAUACAAAAAUGA